AUGACAAAGGACGACCAUGAUGCUGUUCCGGCUGUUCUGGCCACGGAAAUGUCAUCGUUGCUGUCAACCACCCAUGGUCAAGAGCGCCGCGUCCAACGCAAAAUCGACAAGGUUCAGUUGCAAAGAGCAAGGCGCUAUGGUAUGAAAGAGCCAUCCAGAGAAGGGCGAAUCAAAUACACCUACGGUGGAGUUGUGUUUGUAUAUGAUCCGGACAAAUGCUGUGAAGUCACCUCAUUUCGAUCACGAGACAUUGCAUCCAAAGUCUCCGGGACGAAAUGUGUCAAGCCAAUCAUGCUGGCCAAGAAUAGUGUAUACGAGACUGAAGCCAUGAGGAAAGCACAUGCAAUGGUACAAAAGGAAAUGCUAGAAACCAAGAGUAAAUGGACCAGCCAUUCCGUGUUGGUGGUCGAUAUGUCAGGAUCCAUGCGGCGAGAUGACGUGAAUGGGGCAAGGUGCCGCUCGGAUGGAGUAUGGAUGAUUUUGGCUCGCGAUUUUGUCAAGCAUCAGCUUGAAUCAGGAUCCUGUUCCAGUACAGAUGUUGUGAGUGUGGUGUUAAUGAAGAAGGAUGCUGAAGUCGCCUUGGAAUGUGAGCCAAUGGACUGGGUACUUUACAAUGAUCUGGUGGACAAGCGAGAAUGGUCCGAGCUUCGACCCUGUGGCGACGGGAACUACAUGCCGGCAUUGGAGAUGGCAGAUCUCCUUCUCGAUGCCAACAAGCUUGGUAGCUGCUCACUGUCACUGAUGUUCUUCUCUGAUGGGAAACCUUCUGAUCAUGGAGACUUUGCCUCAAGAAUGGGAACUAUUGCUUCCAAAUUUGGACGGCGAUUGUCGAUCUCGUGUAUUGGUAUGGCAGACAAGGAGGAAGAUUUCUCGACACUUGAAGCCAUGGUCCGAGAAGCCAAGCAAUUUGGUGCCGUGGCAUCCUUUGACAAGCCAUCACUUGACACGGAUAGUCUGGCAAACAUUGUCUCCACCCUCAUCACAACAAUGACGACGACGAAGACUGAGAUAACUGACAUCACCACGGGCAAAGUCCAAUCUGUUCGCACAGACAUUAGACGAGAAAGGAGCAAUACACCUGAUGACCUGAAGCUGAAUGAGAACUGGGACACAUAUCACAAUUCAAGCAACUCCAACUAUGUUGCCCGUGUCUGGAGCUGGAGUACGAAGAAGGAUGAUUUCGUCUACAUCAUGGACCCUCGUUGUGGGGAAUGCUAUCAAGUUGUGGGAGAUAUUGACACUACAGCGAACAAAGGUCAGCUUUGCAGUCGCUGCAAGGCAUGCUUCUAUUGUAACUCACCAGCUUGUCAACAAGCCCUACACAAUCACCAGUCAUCACAUGAAUGUGUUGAGUUCCUGGAGGAUCGACGUGCAAAACAGCUGAUUCCACGGAGGCUUCCAUCGUUCUCCUUUGCCGUGAAGAAAUCAGCAUGUGGAGAGGGCGCAGAGCGGCUAGUUCGAAAUUGUCGAUGGCUUGAUGCACAACAGGGAUUCAUUGGGCCUCGCAUGGUUGCAAAAGAAUCUCGAUUCGUGGAGAAGAAGGGCUCAUACACCAGCAAAAUGGAUUACCACCGGCAGUUCAUGAGAACACAGGUUUUGGCACAGCGCUUUGCAGAGAAGUUCAACGAAAACCUUGAUGAGGUGUAUAGUCACUUUGAUGAGGUACACCAUGACACUCUCAAGUGUCUUCCAAGGAUCCAAUUUCUAGAACCUCUUGUGCUGGAGCUUCAUGAAGGUGACAAGGACCUUAUUCUGUUGGUAGAGCCAAAGUUGGAAGGGGCUUACUGCAAGUUUUCGAGCAACAAUGGCUGGCAGUACGAGACAGAAGACACGAGCGCCUGGGAUGGAGCCUCCUUCCGCAGUUUUGUCGAGGGGUCCUCAGAUUUCAGUCUAGUAGAGAGAAACGCGUUUCAGGGCGGCGGCCUGGGUGCAAUUGAAGAAGGAAGUGAAGAUGAAGAAGAGGAGGAUGACGAUGGGAUCAUGGACGACAGCAUCAUGGCCCCCAAUUUUGGGACGACCUUCAAACUCUCAGAGGAUCUAUUCCCUCCUGCCUUCAGUCACUUUACAUAUGAGAAAAGCAAGCAACAGUUCAUGGUGGUUGAUCUCCAGGGUGUGUUGCAUGUCCGACCAGAUGGGACUCGUUGCUUCAUGCUGACAGACCCAGCAAUCCAUCGAAAAAGGAAGAGCCCCAAUCCUCUGUCGCACAGUAACAUCAACCUGGGUCGAACUGACCGAGGGGAGAAGGGAAUCAAAGCAUUCUUUGAAACUCACGAGUGCAACGAUGUUUGCCGAAUGCUGGGCCUACCACACGCACCCAACCACGAGGAUUGA